AUGGCCCAACACUUUGCCAAAUUCUGGUGGAACCAAGGAGACUCAACCAAACAAGGUCUGCACUGGAAGUCUUGGAAUCACAUUACCCUACCCAAAGAUAGAAGAGGGCAGGCUUUUUGGACCACCACCUCUUAUUGUCAGUCACAAAAAAGCAAAACAGUUCAUGGGUCUGGAGCAGCUGGCUCAAAGUCAAGAAGGAUUUUUUAUGUGGGGUCUGGUACAAGAUCAACAAUGGGCAUCUGGAUUCCACCACACCUUCCAGACAACCAAAAGGCAAAAUUCCAAGGCUCAGUGGUUUCACCCAUGUGCAUUAGCUCAUUGAGACAAAUGGCAGGAGAUGGGACAAAGGCAUUUUUAGGGAACUGUUUCACAGACUAUGAGCAAAAGGCAAUAAUGGAAAUUGACAACUGGAUCAUCACUCAGAAGACACACUCAUCUGGGAUUGGGAGAAAAAUGGGAAAUUUUCAGCAACCUCAAGCUAUGCUACACUGGCUGAGGAAAAAUGGAAGAACUUAG